AAGGCAAGAAAGGCUAAUCUAUGUUCUGAGUACUUCCCCCAGCAAGACCCCUGUUACAGACUGUAGGCCAAGUUGACCGUGCUGCCAUAUACCCCUCCACCCAGAUAUUAUUCUAGGGUCCACCACCAGUGUGAAGAUGACCAGUGCCUUCCUAGCAUGACGACCUUGGACCACGUAAUUGCUACGCAUCAGUCAGAGUGGGUCUCCUUCAAUGAAGAGCCACUUUUUUCUGUCCCCUCUGAGGGGGGCACUGAAGAACACCUCCCAGUACUGUCAUCUUCUUCAGACCAGUCUGAGACUUCCUCUGGGGAGAACCAUGUGGUGGAUGGAGCCUCCCAGGACCUUUCCCACUCAGAGCAGGAUGAUUCCUCUGAAAAGAUGGGUCUCAUCCCUGAAGUGGCCUCUCCUCCCGAGAGCCCUGAGCAGCCCUCACUUGACCUGGCCUCAGCCAUCAGCAACUGGGUUCAAUUUGAAGAUGACACACCCUGGGCCAGCACCUCACCAUCUCCUAAAGAAACAGGUGGGGAAGCCCUCCCAUUGACCAUGCCCUGCUGGACAUGUCCUUCUUUUGACUCCUUGAGGAGAUGCCCUCUGACCUCCGAGAGCAGCUGGACAACCCACUCUGAAGACACUAGCAGUCCUAGCAUUGGCCCUUCGCACACAGACCUGCAACUUGUCAAUGCUGAGGAGCAGACAAGUGGCAGAGCUUCGGGGGCUGACUCAACUGACGAGAACACUGAGUGGCAGCCAGGCAGGCAGACGGCGGGGAGCCCUGUUCAAGCAUGCAAGGAGCACACCUCCACCCGUACCCACGUCUUGGACCCCUGGCCACCACCCCACGCCAGGAGGAACCCCGGAGAGGAAUCUCCAGGGUCCUCUGCUCCCAAUGACAAUUCUUCCUCACUUCAGGAAGAUGAGGAGGUAGAGAUGGAGGCCAUCACUUGGCAAACCAGCAGUCCAGCUAUGAACGGGCACCCUACCCCUCCAGUGACCUCUGCUCGUUUCCCCAGCUGGGUCACUUUUGAUGAUAAUGAAAUUAGCCUCCCUUCUCUACCAGUCACCUCUCCUCUGAAGCCAGAUAUACCAUCUAUUACAUCUGUGGUCCCAGAUGCACCUUUUAACUCAACUGGGUCAGUUAAGAGGGAUCGUCCCAAGAGCACUUUGAUGAACUUUUCCAAACUUCAGAAGUUAGACAUUUCCUCCUUAAACCGUCCACCUUUCAUACCUGAGGCACCACCUUGGAGGGCAACCAAUCCUUUCUUGAAUGAGACUUUACAGGAUAUACAGCCCUCUCCUAUCAACCCUUUCAGUGCUUUCUUUGAGGAACAGGAGAGGCGUUCCCAAAACAGUUCCAUUUCCAGUACCACAGGCAAAAGCCAAAGAGAUUCACUCAUCGUCAUCUACCAGGAUGCCAUCAGUUUUGAUGAUUCAAGCAAAAGUCAGUCACACUCUGAUGCUGUUGAAAAACUUAAACAGCUCCACAUCGAUGAUCCUGAUCAUUUUGGCAGCACAACACUACCUGAUGAUGACCCAGUAGCCUGGAUUGAGCUAGAUGCUCACCCGCCUGGGCCAGCUUUGUCCCAGCCCAGGGAUGGGUGGCCAAUGAUGCUGAGGAUCCCGGAGAAGAAAAACAUCAUGUCCUCCAGGCACUGGGGACCAAUCUACAUCAAACUAACGGACAGUGGUUACCUGCAGCUCUACUAUGAGCAGGGCCUAGAGAAACCAUUUCGUGAGUUCAAGUUGGAGAUGUACCAUGAGGUGUCCGAACCCCGGCUUCAAAACUAUGAUGAGAAUGGUAGGAUCCACAGCCUACGGAUUGACCGAGUCAGCUACAAGGAGAAGAAGAAAUACCAACCCAAACCUGCUGUAGCCCACACAGCAGAGAGGGAACAAGUGAUUAAGCUGGGUACCACCAGUUAUGAUGAUUUCCUGAGCUUCAUCCGUGCAGUUCAGGACCGUCUCAUGGAUCUGCCGGUGUUAUCAAUGGACCUGAGCACAGUUGGUCUGAACUACCUCGAAGAGGAGAUCACAGUGGAUGUCAAAGACGAAUUCUCUGGCAUUGUGAGCAAAGGAGACAACCAGAUUCUCCAGCACCACGUCUUAACACGAAUCCACAUUUUGAGUUUUCUCUCUGGGCUCGCGGAGUGCCGCUUGGGCCUUAAUGACAUCCUUGUGAAAGGAAAUGAAAUCGUUUCCCGGCAGGAUAUAAUGCCCACCACAACCACAAAGUGGAUUAAGCUCCAUGAAUGCCGUUUUCAUGGGUGUGUGGAUGAGGAUGUGUUCAGUAGCUCUCGGGUUAUUCUCUUCAACCCUUUGGAUGCGUGCCGGUUUGAGCUCAUGCGGUUCAGGACAGUGUUUGCUGAGAAGUCCUUGCCUUUCAUGCUCAGGACCGCAGCCAGUAUCAACGGGGCAGAGGUGGAGGUGCAAAGCUGGCUGAGGAUGUCAUCUGGUUUCUCCUCUAACCGUGACCCUCUCACCCAGGUUCCCUGCGAGAAUGUAAUGGUGCGUUACCCAGUGCCCAGUGAGUGGGUGAAAAACUUCCGCAGGGAAAGUGUCCUUGGGGAAAAGUCUCUGAAAGCCAAAGUGAAUCGGGGGGCAAGUUUUGGCUCAACUAGUGUCUCUGGUUCUGAGCCUGUCAUGAGAGUAACACUGGGAACUGCCAAGUAUGAGCAUGCCUUCAACGCCAUCGUGUGGAGGAUAAACCGGCUGCCUGACAAAAACUCAGCUUCUGGUCACCCACACUGUUUCUUUUGCCACCUUGAACUUGGUUCUGACCGGGAAGUGCCUUCCAGAUUUGCCAGUCAUGUGGAUGUUGAGUUCAACAUGCCCACAACUUCUGCCUCCAAAGCCGCUGUGAGAUCCAUCUCCGUGGAAGAUAAGACUGAUGUCAGGAAGUGGGUCAAUUAUUCAGCACAUUACAGCUACAAGGUGGAAAUUGAACAAAAAAAGAGUUUGAAGCCAGACUUUGAAGGAGAUGAAGUAGACAAUCCCAAGGAGUGUGGGAUACAGUGACAAAGCCUUCAGUGAGGAACCUGAUCCAAGAGUCAUGACAGGGUGUCUUCCUGAAUAGCUGAGGUUUAAGUCAAUACCUGCUGUGGCCACUCCAUGCUGGGAACAGUCCAUCCGAUCUUCUCAUUUACAGUCACCUGUAUUUUAGCAGGAACCCUGAGGUGGCUGCUGUGGAGAGAGGCUUGUUGAGUCUGACCAUACCUGAAGCACAUGGUUCACCUGACUUUUGGAGCUUACUGUGUAAUUGAGCCUCCUUGUCUUUUUUCUGCUUAUAUCAGAGC